AGUUUGUUGCUGUGGGGAAGAUUGAAGGGACGCGCCUGAAAGUGGAUUUAACUAGUGCUGAAGAUCGUACAAUCUGUCGCGCUGCUUUAUUAAUAUAUACGCCCAUUACAAGCGACUUAUAAACUGAAACUACAACUGCAAUGCAUAAUAAUUGUAUGUGUGCAUAACUAAUUUCCACGUCUAUUUGCAAUGGAGUGUCAGAAGAGGGAGACGCUGCACGAGUAUAACGAUGUCGACAAAGAUAAGUUUAUUAGGGAGAUUUAUCCUUUGAGAAAGCCAGCUUUAUUAAAAGGGAUUGAUUUGGGUUCAUGUACAGAAAAGUGGACUGUUGAUUAUCUGGCUAAUAAUGGAACAGACUGCAGUGUGAAAAUCCAUGUUUGUAACAUACCACAACUGGACUUUAUUAACAAAAACUUCUUAUACAGAUCCUUACCAUUUUCUGUUUUUGUAAGGAGAGCAGCAGAGGAUAAACAUAUGGAAUAUUUUAUUUCUGAGGAUGAAAAAUAUUAUCUACGGUCCCUGGGCACUGACCCAAGAAAGGAUAUUGCAGAUAUAAAGUUUCAAUUUCCAAAACUGGCAGAGGAUUUCAAACUACCUGAAUACUUUCAGACUGACCAGUUCUUCUCUAGUGUUUUCCGUAUCAGUUCUUGUGGUCUACAGCUAUGGACUCACUAUGAUGUGAUGGAUAAUUUAUUGGUCCAAGUGACAGGGAGGAAGAAAGUUGUGCUAUUCAGCCCUCAAGAUGCAGCUUACUUGUACCUCUCAGGUGAUAAAUCUGAAGUUUUGGAUAUUGACAGCCCUGACCUGAAGAAAUACCCUGAAUUUAUUAAAGCUAAACGUUACGAGUGUUGCCUCAAACCUGGAGACGUGCUUUUUAUUCCAGCUUUGUGGUUUCAUAAUACAGUAGCAGAGGAGUUUGGAGUGGGGGUGAAUGUCUUUUGGAAACACCUGCCUUCUGAAUUUUAUGAUAAAACGGACACCUAUGGAAAUAAAGAUCCACUGCCUGCUGCCAGAGCUAUGCAAAUUUUGGACAGAGCCCUGAAAGCUGUAGAUGAACUGCCAGAAGAAUAUCAAGACUUUUAUGCAAGGAGAAUGGUCCUAAGAAUUCAAAAUAAGUUCUACAGGACCAGUCUGAAUUGAGUGUAUGUUUCUAAUGCUGCAGAUGGACUGAUAUUUUAAAUGUAUAUGCAACGUUGUGAAAUGUGCAUAAUUAUAAACACGGUUAACUAAUGUAAAGGUAUUUUUUUCUUUAAACCCUUAUGUUAAUUGAGAGUUCUAUUAUUCAUUUCAGGUGUCUGUUUGAGUGGUGGGAGUAUUUGCACAUGCUACCAAGCUGCUGCAAAUGAUUCAUAAUGUAGCUGCAUAUCUUGUAUUCAGUCAGCCAAGACGGGUGUGUGUCUCCCCUAUUUUCAGGUUGCUGCACUCUGUAGCAGCACACAUUAAGUUCAUAUCUUUGGUGCUUGCCUUCAUAGUCGUCAAUGGGUUAGCACCUAUGUAUAUGAAGAAACUCAUGAUUGCCCACUCAGUCCUGCUAAUGAAUAGGAUCUGGUGAAAUUGUACCACCUCAACGCAAACCUUAUCAAUAAUAGAAUGUUUAUUUAAAUAGUUGUAUAACUGCUGAAAAAACUUCCUUUUUCUAGUAUUUUACUUGAAAAAGGCUGGUUAGAAAUAUGGUGGGAAGCUGUCAAAUACAGAGAAGUCUAGAUUAUUAUUCUUAAGCAGAGGUUUAACCACUGCAGUCUUUACAGAAACAGGGGAAGACCCCCAUAUCUAAUGUGGAGUUAACUAUGUCAAAUACACUAUCAAUAAGCAAAUUGGAGACUUCUUUGAAAAAGCCUGUUUGGACUGGGUUAAUGACACAAUUUCAGGUAAGCCUAUUUCAGUGAAGGAAUUAAUUUUACUCAAAAAUAUUUGCUGAGGGUUCAUCAAGAUUCAUUUUGGAGAUAUGUAUUAUAUAAUAUUUUAGUUACACAAAUCUGGCAGAAUAAAUCAAAGUAUACUAAGAAAACACAAAAUUCGGGUAAAAGGGUAAACUCUAUACACAACAAAGUACUUGGCUAGAUAGUGUUCAAACGUAACUAUACUGGCACCUUUAUUAGAGCAAUGAAUGGAACCAGUGCUCCAUUUUUGUUUCUCUUGUUUGUCCCACUGCACAAACAAAUGAACUUGGAGAAGGGAAACCUAUCUGCAAAAGGAAGGAAGGAACAAUCAUAGCAAUAAGUUUAAAUUUGAAGGUAUAGUCUCGAUAUUAAUGAUUAUAUUUGCAAAACUAAGGGUGAGACGAUGGUAAGCGCUGCUGUUAGACAGAUUCAGUGUCCUAGGCUCACAAUCAUUGUCCAUGUUGAGUUUACUUGUUUGUCCAGCAUUAUGUAUGAAAAUUAUCAGAAGAAAUAACAAUUUUUCUCAAAUCAAAACUACAGAAUGAUCAUUAUGGAGUUUAUGUGCAUAAAAAUAUGAUGCAUAAAUAAUUUUUUUUAAAAGCUCAUUGUCAUGUGUACACAGUACAGUGAAAUUCUUACUUGCAUGUACAAAUCAACAUGCAAAACAUUGUCAUUCUGUAGCGCCAUGUUCACUGAGUAUACAGUAACUACCUUAUCUCAAAAAGUGUAUCUUUCUUACCUGAAAAACAUUGGUGAUAUAUAAAUUUAUAAAGUAUAAAUAAUGUGAUGCAUAAAAAUAAUCCAUACUUUAUCCCACUUUAUCGUGACAGGUAGCUCAUGCCUUUCUUGGCACUACUGGGUGCAAAGCAAGAACCGACCUUGGACAGGACACCAAUCUGCAUGGCACACGUAUGCACAUACCCACAGUGAGCCUCUUUAGAGUUACCAGUUAACCUAAAACAUGUGUGUUUGGAAAGUUGAGGGGAAAAUCUGAGACACAGAGCCCUUCACCUCAAAUUUGAACCCAGGACUCUAAAGGCAUGAGGCAGUAUUAUAUAACUACUGUAUCACCAAGCCACAUGCAAAAACUCAACAAGAAAAGCAUAUUAUAAAUAAAACUUUUCAAACUGCUUUUCAGUUUUCUAAACGAAAACUAGUGCUUUUUAAUACUUCACUACAAUAUUCCUCCAUUUGUUUUUGAAAAUUCUUGUUUGCAUUCAAUUGCAGAGUCAUAAAUAUUCUUGUAUAUUAUAAUAUAUUGAUUGUCUACCCUCACAGAUGUCAUAGAAACCACUUACUUCACAGGAUAGGGUCAAUAAGCUGUAUAGUUUUCAUUAUCUUUAUUUACCUUAAACCAUUACAAUCAAACAGUUAUCCAGCCAUAUGUACAUUUUCUAAAAAAAUAUUUAUCCAACUCAGGGUUUUGGGGAGCCAGAGUCCAUUCUGACAUCAUCAAGCCCAGGUAAGAACUAUACAUGGAUUUAUCACAGUGCACACUCGACUCACUCACGUAGGGGCAAUUUAGAUUCGACAGGUAACUUUUAUGUUUGUUAAAAGUGGAUACUACAACAUGCAGUAUUCUGUUCGAUAGCAUUGACACUAUCUACAUUUUGAAAAUAUUAUGGUUAGUUAUAUUAGUGAUUUAAGGAGGAGAAGGGUAGAUUAGAUUGGUGUCCUAGCUCUCUAUAUCCUUAGAUAUUACUAUCAACAUCUCUACACAAUGCACGUUUCAUCAUCAGUACAGUCUAGUCUUACUUAACCUUUUACCAAUUUAUGUUUUUUGCAAAAUUUUGGUGUUUGUUCUACUUAUUUAGUUAAUUGCUGGAUAGUAUGGAGACUUUGUUCAGUGUUUUACAACUCCAGAACUCUGGAUUCAAUUGUUUUUUUAUAUGAACACAUACCAAUACAGCAAAAAACUAUCCAAAAUAAUUCCACUUUCAACCCCUUGUUCUAAUGACUAUGUGUGCAGAGUUUGCAUUUUCCUCCUGAAUAAUCUCAGGUUGCUCUGGUUUCCUCCAACAUGCCAAACACAUGAAGCUGAAGCUAAGGUUGUCUAGUGACCCUCAAUUGGUUAUCAGUAACUGUGUAAAUGUGGGUGACUGGCAACCCAUCUACUGUUUGUAAUCUUUAUGGUUACACACAGAUUUUCUCGGGGGACUCUGGUUUUCUCUUAUAUCCCAAAGAUUGAAGAUUAGGUGGUUUUCCUGUACGAAUUGAGUGUAAAUAUUUAAGCAGUGGCAUGGUAACCGUGUGGAGAGGACAGAAAAUACCAUUGGUCCACAAGCCUGAGCCCCCCCCACGCAAUUUCCCUUUUUUUUCAAAAAUUCCCACCUUUUCACAUUUACCCAUCCAUGCAAGAUUGUAAUUGCCGAUUUGAAAGCCUAUAGUUUCAAAUCGUUACACCAAUGACAGCUCCUGUUACAAGUUCUAAUAGCAGCUGUCAUUGAAACUGGUUAGUGAACUGAUCAGCAAUACACUGUGAUAUAAUACAAAAAUUUGGUUAGAAUGUCAGACAUGUGCAUAAUAAAGAAUAUGAAAAAGUGAACUCCCUCUUGCAAUGGGGCCAGUCUUCUGCAAAUUUGUAUGUUUUUGAAUUUGUUACUUAUCACAUGAAAAAGUGUUAUGGAGAGUGCACUGCUUUCAUGGAACAUAAUAGUAGUGCUGUAAGGCAGCAAUUAAAGUACUGAACAAGGUGGCUGCGUGUGUAUUGUUGAUGGAAGGCAGCAAAGCUCAGAAGGUUGGACCUAUGGAUGAGUUUCUAUGUAUAUAGUGCUUCUAGUAAAUGAAACUAUAAGCAAGUUACAAUAAACUGUGUUUGUAUAUUUGCAUCAGUCAGGGCUGUGUUAAGUAUGUAUUUAUUUUUUGUUUUAAUUAAAGUGAAUUAUUUACUGAUUUUGUAAACACAUCGAGUUAUCAGCAGUGCAGUAAACUUAAUAUGUAAAAUGCUGAGCAUAUAAUGAACAAUAAUAUGAGAACAUGAUUAACAUGGGUUUUUUGUGUAAUGUUGCAGUAAAUAUUUAUAGCAUUUUUAUAAAUUGUAAGUCAUACCAUGUGAAAUAUAGAAAAUAAUAAAUUGAACUGACAUAAUAAGU